CUAAACCUCCCGGCAUUGCCUUGAACACUGUAAAGUUUUAAAACCUCCAGGGUUUGUAACAUUAGGACUAUUGUGAUUCUAAUUACCCUAUUUGAAUUUGACUCGUGUUAAUGCUUGCUCCGAUUUUACUCUGCUCUGCUCUGCACUUUAAAAUGAAUAAAGAAAUAAUAAGUUCAUAUCAAUUACAUUUUUUUUGACAGUAAACAACAGUUGCUAGGUAACAAUAUUAUAAAUAAAGAUAAGUCUUGACAUACGAGGUAUAUGCAACCCUCUUAAUGUUAUAUUCAUGCCUUUAAAUUGUAUCAAUUUUAUAGUGACAUCUGGUGAUGUAGUUUGCACAAUUGGAAGUCAACUUUAUGCAAAAGUAUGUUAUCGGAUCCCAUUAAUAGAAAUUGCCGCUAUCUUUACUAAUGUUAAUUACAUUUAUUAGUAUUGCCCCCCUGCAGCAAACCCGUUGUAAUCAAACCUCUACUAACCUAAUAAAUCAAAUAUGCUAAAUGACAUGCGUCAAAAUUUCGGACAGUGUCAAAUAAAUAUUUAUUGUGAUUGUACUCAUAUUUUACGUUAUGUAUUUAAGUAGUUUGUGAUAUUAGAUGAAAUAUAGUAAACCAUCUCCAACAAUAGAAUGGUUUACUAUUACACAUCAGGAAAUGUCAAAAUGGUAAGAAAUAUAUUAAUUGAUUAUGGCUCUGCUGUCGCAGUUGUGCCCCACGAAUACAUGAAGUCGUACAUCGAUAAGUGUCCGAAAGACACGGAAGAUUCCAAACUAGGCUGGGUUGCUGAAACGUUUCUAGGCAUUCAGAAACACGGUCAAUUCUUAAAAGACAUAGCUUUUCACCUACCCGAGGAACUUUCAGAUCAAGAUAAAGACUUUUUUAUGAUAUUGUUCCACGCUGUAAUCUUCCAAAUCAAACCUAAAGACGUGCAUCUUCUGUACAAAUGUCUGUUUAAUUUAAGCAAGCCUUUGUUGGAUACAUUUACUUCCUUCUUGAGUAACGACGAAGUGUUGACUUUCUUGGCACAAGUUGGUCAAGACUAUUAUGACGCAAAUUAUAUUACCGAAAAAAUUACAACUCCCUUGUAUACGUGGCAACCUUACAUCAGUGAAAUGGCUAAUACUUAUGCAGAAUAUGUUAAAAAGAUGGAAUCCCGCAGGAUAAAGCCACCAACAGUGCCAAUAGCACCUAGUCUGUUGAAUAGAAAAGGACUAAAUUCGGCUAGUCGCACAACACGUCCUUUACCUUCAUCGCCAGUUUCAUUACCCCAUGUAUCAAAACCUAAGAUGAAACGGAUUGUAUCCAGAAAUGAUAUAGAUGAAAAAUUGAAAAAAAGCUAUGAGAAAAAUAAGCAGAAGGCUGACCACUUACUUAACGGUGUUAAAAAUAUAGAGUGUCAUUAUGCCAUGAUUAAAUCUAAUGCAUAUUUUCAAAAAAUUGAUAGUAUUAAAGAAGAGAUAAAUAACUCUAUGAAACCAUUACCGAAAAUACAAAGCACAAACUCAAUAAAAAAAAUAAGCCAACCAGUAAAAGACACUGCAGCAACAAUCAAGCGGAUGAAAAAAAGAAUUCAAUUAGCUGAACAAGAAGAAGUUGAGUGGUUUAACAAUGUUAUGAACUGCAAAAAUACUGCCAAAAUAGAGGAAUUACAAGAAUUUGACCGCCAAGAGAACGAAAGAGAACGAUUACUGGACAUAGAAAAGAAACAUUUAAUGGGUCAAAUUUCGUAUGAAGAAGCAUUAUUGGCGAAACAAAGAGUUCUUGUUGAAAAUAAAAAGAAAUAUGAACAGUUCCUGAAAGAGAAAGAAAUGUGGAAUGAAGAAAUAGAUAAUUGGAGAAAAAAUGAAAUGAAAAAAAAUCGCAAACAAAUGGAAAAAUUGUCUAUGUUAGAAUUAAAUGUAUUAAAAGCUAAACACAAUACUGUUAUGAAAAAUAAAGAAACUGCCGAAAAUUUUAAGAGGCAGAAUCAAAUUUUGUUAGAUAAAGCUUUAAAAGAUAAACAGGAUGAGUUAGACCGCAGAGUUAAAAUGAUAAAGGAGUUCAAAAUUUUGGCUAUUAUAGCAAAAAAAGCAAAAGUACCCAAAAUUAUAGACUUGACAGAAACAUCUGGCUUCGGUUUACUGUGUGAGAUGUCAAUGGCAGAACUUCAAGAAAGAAUAAAUGAAAUGAAAAUAGGUUUACAUGAUGAACUAGAACGAAAGAGAAAUACAAUAAAAGAAGUGAAUGAAGAGAAAAAAGAAGAGUUAAAAGAAACAAAAAAGUCCAUCGAGUCUUACAUGAACGAAAAAGCUACAUGGAGAAAACAAAGCAAAUCUAACACUUCUAGCACCAAAAAUGCGUCUUCAAAGGAAAUUGACGAUUUGAAGAAAAUUCUAACGGAAAAACGGAAAUUAAGAAUGAAAAUGUCUAAUUAAUGUUUGUGUGCGUCCAGUGCGGUAUUUGUGAGUUAAAAAAGUUUUUUUCAUAAUAAUUUAAUUAUAAUGGAUUUAGAAACAAG